AUGGGUCAGUCAAGUGGAGUGUGUAUUUCUCCUGGUGGCCGCUUCCCUGCAUUUUCAUCUGAAGGGAAGCCUCCUAGGAAAGUAUCCCGGGGACCCAAAGAUCUAGCACUCUGCAGGGUCUUCCGCCAAAGUACGUGUUGUGAUGUGGCUCAGACAUACCCUGCUUUACUAGCAGUAAGAAAGCUAGCUUCAUUUGGAGAAGGCAGUCAAGAAUGCUUGCAUCUGUGGGAAUUGUUGGAGUGCUCUAUUUGUGAUCCACGUGUUGGCAUUCAGCCUGGGCCACCUUUGAUUUGCGCCUCUUUCUGUGAUAUGGUUUUAGAGGCAUGCUCAAAUGCUUAUUUCUCUAUUGAUGCAAAAACUCAGGUUUUGUCUCCUUGUGGAUUAAGCAACAUUGUUUGUGGUAGAGCAAGUGAAUGGGCCUCUAAUGGUACAGAGCUCUGCCAACUUGCAGGUUUCUCUGUGCAAGUAGCCAGGGUUAGCUCGCAAGAUGUUGAUGAGCCUUUUUGCUAUGGUGGGAAAGCAAGCUUAGAAUCAAUUGCUGAUUCUUGGAGGAAUCUGAAAUCUAGUUCCCCUGGAAAGACCAAAAACUCUAGGGUACUCGAAGAUUUUCAGCAAUGGGUGGGGGAAAUGCCAAUUAGUGAAAUGGUCUCUUGGGCAGUUGGAGGAUUGGUGCUUACUGCAGGACUUCUAUUCAUAAGCAAAAGGAAGAGCUACAGCCAUCGCCAAAAGCAAGCGGCUAUUCUUCGCACUGCGAGAAAGUUAGAAGCAAGGAUCAACCAGCAGCCCCUUAAUAGACAGAGAUAGGGAGGUGAACCUGACCCGUCUAAGUGAAGUAGAAUUUCGAAGCGAGAAGAGAUCCGUUUGCAUGAUUGCUCGGGACUUGAGGAGUGCGCUAGUUCUUUUGAAGAUACUUUUAGUUAUUGGAGUUUUGGUCAGACUAGUUAGAGUAUUUUAUUUGAUUUAUGUUAAUAGUUAGCAAACAUUGACUUAUGUCACUAUGGAACUAUUGUAAAUCAUUUGGAUAAAUUCUUGAUUAAAUAAAUUUUUAAAAAUUAUUUUUGCUUU